GAGUGGAGCACACUUUCGUGUUCAUUAUCUCGUUGUGUGAAUGAAACCUCUCAAAAUAGGUUUCAAGUGGAGGAUCGCCGGGAUAGGAGCAAGGCAUCAUCAGUCGGUGCGCACGAUUCGCGAAGAGAGUACACACAAGCUAUCAACAAUCGUCUUCAUACACUCACUUUCAUUCCCAAUGUCAUGACUGACAAGAAGAGGCUUUAUCAAAAUAAAAAGUCGGGACGGCGUGCCGCUCAUUUCUAAUCCUGCUGGAAGUCACAUAACAAGCAGGAACCUGAAUAUUGGAAAAAAGUGCACAAAGUGACAUCGGUACUUACGGGUAGAAGGUAGCAUCAUCACGUGUCGGCACACUUCUAAGCGGAGAUAAGCUUAAAACCAGAAUAGCCAGUUGGGAAUCGAAUUACGCAUAGAGAACCUCAAAGGGUGAUGCAGCAAACUCAUGAUGGAGCCGAAAUUUUGUAAUGGGAAAAAAUCAACAAAGCGAUAAGACACAGAUCAGGUCGGGACUCAGUUAAAAGCGGGUGAUUGUACAGUUUGUCGGCGAUAAGCACAAGUGUCGGGUGUUUUGUAUUCGUGGUGUUAAAAGGAGCAAUAAGUGCAAAUAUUGCAGUAUAAAUCGGCUUCCGUUGGAGCGUCCGUGGACCGUGUGUUCAAUAGUAGUUGAAAAUGGAUUAGUUUAGUGUUUACAACCGGUGUAUUGCUUGCUGAGACAGCGUAAGGUGUAAGAAUUAACUAUGGCUGAUCCAACUAUACAGACAUUUUGCUGUCACAAUCGGAUACGGUCCCCACCGGCUGUUAAAUUAAUGGCCGAGUUCAACACCGAUUGGUACAUUGUAGUGUGUAUUAUUUCUUCUUGUCUGGGAAUCGCUGGUGCUAUCUACCAGAUUUGGAUACGCCACGAGGAUAGCCAAAGUCAGCAGGCCGGUAUAACACGGCAAAGAUCCGGGCUCGGUACCGGCUACGGCACCGGACGCACCAUCAUCGUCUGGCUCGCGGUGGCCGAUCUGUGCGCUUCGUUGGGUGUAUUCAUUCGUUCGGCUCUUUGGAAGUACAUCAAAAAUGUCAUUCCACCGGCUAGUGAUCAUGACGAUACGACGAACGUAAUAUUUUGCGCCGUGUCGUCGGCUUGGAUUCAGUACUUCUACAUGUGUACCUGGUUGUGGACGCUUUGCUACGCAAUCAACGUUCGGCGGCUGCUUGGUGGAUCUAGUGUUUCGGUGCGAACAUACCACCUGUGCGUGUGGAGCAUAUCGGCGGUGCUGACCGCAACUGGGUUGACGGUUUUGUACGUUCCGGAUGCAGAUUGUCACAACGUACAAGACAUGGGUACUGCCUAUCUUCGUAUACUGCCGAACUACUUAACCACUUAUGGACCGAUGGUAGCGGUGAUGGUGGCUAAUCCGUUGCUCUACUAUACUGCGGCUAAGGAUGUGGACCGACAGCUGGUGGCGCGGUUCAGUCAGAUGACGUCGACCGAGCGCGAUCUCAUGACGAAGUUCAAGAUGAAGUUCUCUCUAAUUAAUUUUGUAUUCUAUGCCUGCUGGCUGCCCAAUUUGGUUAACGGAGUCAUUCUGUGGACCAUGUGGUACUCUUUACCGUUCCAGACCAUCAUCGUAGUGUGGUAUGUUAUGGCCAUCACGAACCCUCUGCAAGCGUUUCUGAACACACUCGUCUAUCAGAGGUGGAAUUGCGUUUGGCCCUGGCAAAGACACGAUACGGAUAGUUUUCGAAGUAGAAAACGUCGUAGCGGCUACCUUCAUGCGACAACCGAAAGUACUCCACUACUUCAAUCGCAGGUUUUCAAAGGUCACAUUCCAUCCACAUCAGCCGCACAACAGCACGAACCGCCGACGGAUCUUAUUCCAAAGCCAACACUUAGUGUAAACACUUGUACGAUGGUAUGAUUAUGGUGAGCCUGCUCUGAAACUAGUUGUAAGCCGUUUAACAAAUUAGUUUUAGGACUGCAACCGAUUUGCGACUACUUUCGCUGCCAAAUGACAACUGUAAGAGAAUUUUCUUUUAGUGCUACUUUAGAAUAAAACGAUUCCGUUUGAUUUGAU